CUGAUACAGCUGAACAUCUCACUCGCAACAACGUCUUCGCGACGAUGAGUUGCGCGGACAAAUACGAUGUGCCACAGCUGAUGAAAGUCUGCGCUGACUUGGUCGUCCGCCAACUGAACCCAGUGAACUACCUGGACACUUUGGAAGAGGCAAUUCAGGGACAUGCCGACGGAAUAGUGAAGUGCCUGGAAAUGGUGGAUGCUAAGGGUUACCGGAUCCUGUCAUCGGACCAGUUCAGCGCGAUCAGUCAGAAAGCCCUGCGGAAGAUUCUGCAGCGCAGCACGCUAAUGGCGGAGGAGAAUGAUGUUUACCUGGCUGCUGAAAGGUACCGGCAGGAUACCGCGCGCUGAAACAAUUUUUACACAU